AUGUUUCCUCCCUAUAAUCACAGUGGAAGCAAAAGAAGCAAAAUCAUGAAAAAACCAUUACAAAUUCCAAGAGUUAUUGCAAAGUGCUCAAACGGUAUAUUGAAUAGAGUGAAAACUCCACCCAGACAGACCCAGCAUGUUGUUGGAUCCGUUGAAACCAAAAAGUCCACAAAUAUGGUACCAAAUGAAAUUUAUCUUCAAAUAUUUUAUUGGUUUUUUAUUGAGGUAUUUGUUGUUUAUCUGGUUUUAUUUUAUGUUUUAAGUAAGUUGCAAAUUGCUGGAAUUGUCUCUAGAUACUUAGAGCACCAUUGUACAAUUUACCGUUCCUUGUCUUUAAAAUGUUGCACUAUUCAAUCAAUUAUAUCUGUUAAGUUAAAGAAAACAAAUGGAAAAGAAUACAAGUCCUGUCCUGCGUCUAUCAGUGAAAGCGCAACUCUUCUUGGCACUGCAGAUGUCCCGAAUCCGCAUGGCAACGGGAUAUGUCACUAUGCUUACCUUUUGAUUAGGAAGCUGAAUGAAGUCGGAAAUCAUAGAUCCGAGCUUGUAACUUUGUGUAUAGAUCAGUCUGGCACUGCUGCAAAAGAUAAGAAUAAUAACAUCAAAAUAAAAUUUCCACAUGAAAAUCUCACCUAUGUUUGGGUACAUCCAACUGAACCUCGGGUACUGGGAGUUAUUGUGACGUUUAAGGAACAUGAGUCCGAAAAAAUGAUGUCCAAGUUUACUGCUUUUAGAAUGUCUUCCAAGGUACAACUAUCCCUACUCUUACGAAUAUACUGGCUGGAUUGGGUUCAAAAAUAG